UAGAACUCUCUGAAACCUAAUCUCUUUGUCUUUCUUCUCCAUCCACCAAUACACUGAGAGGAAGAAAAGAAAAGACAAAGCUCAAUCUGUAGGGCUUGUAAAGAAGAAGCAAAAAUGGCAGACGGUAGCACAGCCACCUGCAUAGAUAUCCUCCUGGCCAUCAUCUUGCCUCCUCUUGGAGUCUUCCUCAAGUUUGGUUGCCAGGUGGAGUUCUGGCUCUGUCUUGUACUCACCCUCUUCGGCUACAUCCCCGGUAUCAUUUAUGCUAUCUAUGCCAUCACCAAAUAGACAUUUGGAGAUUUGGUGUAGGAAUGUUGUUUGUAUCAAUGCGUGUCGACUCUCUAUUGGCAUACUUGAAAUUGUCAAUUCGAUUUGAUGUAAAGUUUGAGUUACAGUUUUAUGAUUAUGAUUUAAAAACGCGGUGAAUGGGCAUGUUUUUAUAGCAGUCCGUUAGUUAUCCAUUAUUUUAUGUUCAUUAAAUAAAAAUGUUUAAUGU